AUGUCCAUCGCUUACUCAACCAGCAAAAUCUACAAGAUCAUCAACGGCCGUCUUUUGAUAAAUCAUGAAAUCGUUGAAAACUCAUAUCUCUGGUACCAAGACGGAAAAAUCAUUCAUCCCCAAAGUCUCUUCUUUGACCAUCAUCGGGAUGCAGACGAAAUCAUCGACGCAAAGGGUCUUUUGGUUGUGCCUGGUUUCAUCGAUACUCAAAUCAAUGGUGCAUAUGGCAUCGACUUUGCCGACUAUGAGCACUCUGUGGAAACCAUUCAGGAGAACAUUGAUAUUGUAGCCAAAGGUCUCUUACGUUAUGGCUGUACUGCCUUUUGCCCAACUGUUGUAAGCUCAUCCCCAGAGGUCUAUGAAAAGGUUCUUCCUCUCUUAAACCAUCGCAAGGGAUCUGCUACUGGAGGUGCAGAGAUUUUAGGUGCACAUGUCGAAGGUCCAUUUAUCUCGGUCGAGAAAAAGGGUGCCCAUAAGCAAUCAGUAUUCAGAGACGCUAAAGAAGGCAUUGCGGCGUUUGAUAGUGCUUAUGGUUCCGAACUACUCAAGGGAAGCAAAGCCGUCGCAAUAAUGACCGUUGCCCCAGAAAUCGAAGGUGUGAGUGAUGCAAUCCCUGACCUUGUCCAAAGAGGAAUCACAGUUGCAAUCGGUCACUCGGCAUGUCGAAUCGCUGAAGCUGAACAGGCCGUGACUAAUGGCGCAACAAGCAUCACCCAUCUCUUCAAUGCCAUGCAAGCCUUCCACCAUCGUGAUCCCGGACUGAUUGGUGUAUUAGGUGCAGCCGACCUUCCUUUACCAACCACCAGUAAAGGACACCCAAAACCAUCAUUGACUUCUCCCUGCCGUCACAGUCCCGAUCCUCGUCCCUUUUUUGGUUUGAUUUGUGAUGGUGUACACGUUCACCCAAACUCUAUUCGAAUUGCUUACUACUCUCAUCCUAGUGGUGCUGUUCUUGUCACAGACGCACUCUCAGCCAUGGGAUUACCAGAGGGAGAAUACACGCUUGGUGGAAGUGAACUUCAGGUGGAUAAAAAUGGCGCUGCUUACAUCAAGGGAACCUCCACUCUUGCCGGCAGCACUGUCACAAUCGAUGAAUGUGUUCGUAACUUCCAAAAGUUCACCAACUGUACUGCGGUAGAAGCAAUUGAAGCAGCCACACUUCAUCCUGCCCAGUUGCUUGGUAUCGAGCAUCAAAAGGGUACCCUCAACGUGGGCGGUGAUGCAGAUUUUGUGUUUUUGGAUGAUUCUACUGGAGAGUUGCGUGUUGAGAAAGUAUUUGUUGCUGGCGAUGAGGUUUCCUUUUAA